GGGGCAAGUUCAAGAACAAAAACAGCAAGGAGGCUGAGAUGCGCGAAAAGCAGGCUCAAAUGGCUCUGGCUAGGCAGCGUCUCCUCACGUUGGCGUACGAGGAUAUGGAGACAGUGCGCAUGCUUCCCCAAAGAUUUGAAGAUCUUGAGGCAGUUGCGAGAGACUGGACCAAGCCUCCUCCAGAGGCCAUCUUCAGUCUGAGAGUGCCUGUAGAAUAUGCAUCGCUGAGUGCCUCUCGAUUGGUUUCGGGCCCUUAUAUUUAUUUGACCGGAGAGGACUCGUAUCAGAUUGCAAUAAUGGGUGUACAAGGUUUACGAGUCGAAAUCGUCAGCGAUGCCCCUCCACCACCAGACGAACCACCACCACCUCCCCCUCCACCGGUCCUUGAAAUGCCAGCCACUUUCAAUCUGGAACUUGUCCCUGGUCAACAGGUCGCACUUGACACCACCGUUGCUUCCAUCGACGAGCUUGAUAUGGCUCGCAUGGAAGACGGCACUACGGUCGAUGGUAUGUUCUGGGGCAAACUCGAUAUCGUGCACGACGGCGAUACACAUAAAAUGGAGUUCAGCGGUACUCGCCUUAUAAAUCAGGAUGUGUCACAAGAGUUGAUCGUUGAUUCUCGAGUCUUGAAUAAAAUUUCCGUUGCCACCAAACCUGCUGCCGCUAAAUGCCAUCUCAGUAUACUGGCUCCUGCUCAACAGUACUGCGACGUGGUUUUAACUCUAUCGCCGUUGUGGAAGUUAGGUGUUACGUGGCCACCUGCAGAACCUUUGGGGGAAGGGAAAGUCAAAUACUUCCUUCGAGUUCACCCUGGUGGUGCGCUGGAGCAUUUCGAAAGCGAGAUGGUGGCUACUGCCCUAUAUUACGAAGUCAUACCUGAUCCUUCGAUGAUGGAUCCUAACGACUAUAUUGCUCCUCGUAACGGUUUUGCUAUGUCUUUCCGGGACUUCAUACCACAUUUUAUGAAUGUGCUGGACCAAUUGGGCAUGUCCCUUCAUGCGCGGACCAAUUUUAUCAACAAUAACAUGUCUGCCUUCUCCUCGCAUAAAAAUAUUGCCUAUCGUUUCCUUUCACCUAGUAAAAUCGCUGCAGCCUUUGAUAUCUCGGUAACGGCGGAUCCUUGUAUCUUUACUCGUCUCUUUCUCAUAUUCCGCGGGAUGUCUGACGACGACGUUGGGCUUUUCGCGGGAGCUGGCGAGAAAGAAGCCAAUUCGGUUAACUGGCGAGAGGUUGUAGGGUGGUCUGAGAAUUCCAAGGACACGACUCGAUUCCGUUUACUAGAAAUGUCGGUCUUGGAGGUGACUUGAGGUCUUGCCGUACAUUCUUGGCUCCUAUUUUGCUCGGUUGAUUUCUUUUUCUUUUUUCAGUUCACUGGUAUGAAUUGACAAUCGCCCGUCACUUAUCUUUCCAAGGGUGCUUUCUUUGUUGUCAGGCUUUGUAGUACGCAUAUAUCUUGAUCAUGAGGUUUACUUUUGCUAUCUUUUCCUACUGUUUUACUAGCAUCUUCUUCUACAUCUUAUUGUAUUUAACGAUGGCUCCCCUUCUUGCUCUUGUAUCCACUUACCUGAAUACACUCCUUAAUUUCCA